AUGCAUAUCCUGCCGCCGGGCUACCUCGCCGCGCUCAAGCGGCACUGCGAGGCCCGGGGCAUGCUGCUCAUCGUCGACGAGGCGCAGACGGGCAUCGGCCGGUGCGACGACCUCAUGGCCAUCCACCACGAGGGCGUCGUGCCGGAUAUCCUGACGCUGUCCAAGACGCUCGGCAACGGCCUGCCGUUGAGCGCCGUCGUGACCAGCGACGACAUUGGCCGCCUCUCGGCCGAGCGUGGCUUCUUCUUCUACACGACGCACCUCAACGAUCCAUUGCCCGCCGCUGUAGGCGACAAGGUGCUCGAGAUUGUCCUGCGCGACGGCCUCGUCGAACACGAGCGCCGCAUGGGCCGUAUCCUGCACGUCGGCUUGCAAGGACUGCGCGCGCGCUACGGCUGCAUCGGCGACGUGCGCGGCCGCGGCCUCAUGGCCGGCGUCGAGAUUGUCGGCGACCGAGACAGCAAGGCGCCCGCCCCGGAGCUGGCUUCGGCCAUUGGCGACCGGGCCUACGAGCUCGGCCUCUGGGCCAAUCUGAGUAGCCACCCGAGCUACGGCGGCGUCUUUCGUAUCGCCCCGCCCAUCACCGUCACGGCCGCCCAGAUGGAGGAGGGUGUCGGCAUCUUGGAGCAAGCGCUGGCCCAGACCGAAGGGACCUUGCCGCUAUAUUAG